UUUUCUCCAAUCCACUCCCGAUUACACGCCGUAUCUAUCAAGCACGAUGGCGUCCGACCUCCGGCGCUACGUGCUGAGCCUGCCAGACUAUUCGGACCCGUCUUCAGCGUCAUCGCCCCUGCCGUCUCUCUAUGCGGACCUCGCGACUCGACGAGCGUCAAAUCGAGCCUCGUUCGAAGCGAGCGUGGCCUGGUGGAAAGACGUCCUGUUUGGGGCUUGCUUCAAGGGCGCACAAGUCGCUGGUCCCAGCACCGGAACUGAGACAAAACGGAGUGCAGAUCGGCUCGUCCUGCACGUGGGGUCCAAGCUGCUCGAAGAUGUCAGCAUCGAUGAGGUCGGCCGACCGUUGGGACUUGGCACGGUCGUUGAGGAGCUCCGAGCAUCGUCGCAUCUCCACGCCCUGUCCGGCUUCUUGAAGAGUCAGACGCCUGUCCGAGGACCCAGCUCUUCUUCCUUUUCGUAUGCCUCUGUGGCGGGUACUUUGGGCUCGCUGGCCACUAGACCGCUAAGCUGGGCAUUCUCGCAACUGACGCUUAGUCUCGGCCUCACAAAUGACGGCUCGGAAGAUGCGGGAAGAGAAGACUGGAAGCGCGCCCAGGGCGACUGGGUCAUCUGGGACAAUGUCGAGGCACUCGGGGAAGCAGUCUUGGCGAUACAUCGAGCCUCGCCAAGGCUCUCGCCGCUCGAGUCGCUCUUUUCCACCUCGUCUUUUCGCCGGUCCGUCCUUUCUGAUGCGCUCGAGUCGCUGGGCCUUCCUUCCAAGAGCCUAUCUGACGUCGAUCUGCGCGUGCUCCUCACGCACCUUGCGCGGGACAGAUCCGUGGCGCUGGUGCACGGCGAUGUCGUCAAGCUCGAGCACGUGCAGGGGGAGCCGCCGAGCCCCAUCAGCGAGCACGAGCGAGGCAUCGUAAAUGUCCGUGAGACGCAUGCCAGGCUCGAGGAGCAAGUGGCUGAGAUUGAGUCACGGAUCAAAGAGCGACAAGCCAAGGUGGAAGCGUCUCUGCGGGCAAAGAAUAAGGAGCAGGCCCUGUCCUACCUGCGCUCCCGAAAGGCAUUGGAGGAGCUUUUGCAGCGGCGCGUGGCCUCGCUCGAGACGCUCCACGGUGUACUCGUCAAAAUUGAGCAGGCGGCUGGCGAUGUCGAGAUUGUCAAGGCGUACGAUCUCUCGACGGCUUCGCUCAAGACGCUGCUGGCGGACGAGAGGCUAAAAGUCGAAAAUGUCGAGGGGACCAUGGACAACAUGCAGGAGGCGCUUGCAGAUGCAGACGAGGUCAGACAGGCCGUCGAGGUGGGACAGGAUGGUAUGCGACACGCCGCUGGUGUGCCGGACAUCGACGAGGACGAGAUGAACGAGGAGCUCGCUCGCCUGGAGGAAGAGAACAGGCGGGAAGAGGAAGAGAGAAAGAGAAAGGAAGAGCAGAGAAAGAAGGAGGAGGAAGAGAGAAAGGAAAAGGAGAAGAGGGAGGAGGGGAAAAGGCAGAGGAUAGAGAAGGAGAGAAUAGAGGAGGCCGAACGACAAAAGGCGGCACAAAAGGAGAAGGAACAGGAGCAGGAGAAGGAACAGGAAAAGGGUGGGCAGCAGGAGCAGGCCAAAGAGGCUCAAACGGCCGAAUGA